UUCCAGAGUGACAAGAUGGGUAAACUAACUUUGUACGGCUUGGAUCCCAGUCCCCCAGUUCGCGCCGUAAAGCUGACUCUGGCGGCCCUCGACCUGCCCUACGAGUAUGUUAAUAUCAACAUCCUGGGCAGGGAACACCUCUCCCCGGAGUUUGUGAAGAAGAACCCCCAGCACACGGUGCCCACGUUGGAUGACGAUGGUCACUUCCUCUGGGACUCGCACGCCAUCAUCGCCUAUCUGGUCUCCAAGUACGGAAAGUCCGACGCCCUCUACCCCAAGGAUCUGCUCCAGCGGGCUGUGGUGGAUCAGCGAUUGCACUUCGAGUCCGGAGUACUGUUUGCCAACGCACUGCGCAGCAUCGCCAAGGCAGUCAUUUUCCUGGAUCAGAAAUCGGUUCCCAAGGAGCGUUACGACGCCAUCGUGGAGGCCUAUGACUUCGUGGAGACCUUCCUCGAGGGUCACGACUACAUUGCUGGCAAUCAGUUGACCAUCGCGGACUUUAGUCUCGUCUCGUCGGUGACCUCCCUGGGGCCUUUCGUGGCCUUCGAUCCUUCGAAGUAUCCCAAGACAGAUGCCUGGAUCAAGAGGCUGGAGAAGCUGCCCUACUAUGAGGAGGCCAAUGGCAAGGGAGUCAAGCUCUUUGCAGAGACGGUUAAGUCGAAGAGUUUCACAUUUGAGAAAUGAUUAUCUGUCAUGUUAAAUUCUUAAUAAAUAG